CACACCUGGGGAUCUACAGAGGCAGUUGCAGGUAGGAAGAUGAGUCCAAAAAUUACAACAGAGCUGCUGAAGCAACUGCGGCAGGUGAUGAAGAGUCCCAAGUAUGUCCAGGAGCCUAUCCAAGCCUACAUAGUGCCCUCUGGAGAUGCCCACCAGAGUGAGUACAUGGCACCCUGUGAUUGCAGACGGGCGUUCAUCUCUGGAUUUGAUGGCUCUGCAGGUACUGCCAUAGUAACUGACCAGCAUGCAGCCAUGUGGACAGAUGGACGCUACUUCCUGCAAGCUGCACAUCAAAUGGAUAACAACUGGACACUCAUGAGAAUGGGUCUGAAAGAUACACCAACUCAGGAGGACUGGCUAGUGAGUGUCCUCCCAGAAGGCUCGAAGGUGGGAGUGGACCCAUUCAUUAUUCCAGCUGACCAGUGGAAGAAUAUGUCCAAAGCCUUGAGAAGUGCUGGCCACAACCUUGUGCCUGUCAAAGAGAACCUGAUUGAUACAAUCUGGACAGACUGUCCUCAGCGCCCCUGCAAGCCUCUCAUCCCACUCGACCUGAGUUACACAGGGGUCAGCUGGAGAGACAAAAUUGUAGCCCUCCGUGCAAAAAUGGCUGAGAGGAAAGUCCUGUGGUUUGUGGUAACAGCCUUGGAUGAAGUAGCAUGGCUUUUCAACCUCCGAGGCUCUGAUGUGGAGUACAACCCUGUGUUUUUUGCAUACGCCGUCAUAGGAAUGAACACAAUCAGGCUCUUCAUUGAUGGUGACCGGAUGAUGGACCCAGCUGUGAGGGAGCACUUACAGCUUGACUCCACCCUGGAGCCUGAGUUGAAAAUCCAUGUGAUGCCCUAUGGAUCUAUCCUGUCAGAGCUGCAGGCCAUUGGUGCAGGCCUUUCACCCAAGGAGAAAGUGUGGCUCAGUGACAAAGCCAGCUAUGCUCUGACUGAGGCCAUUCCCAAGGCUUACCGGUACCUCACCCUAUAUACCCCCAUCUGCAUUGCAAAAGCUGUGAAGAACGUGGCAGAAACAGAAGGCAUGAGAAGAGCACAUAUUAAAGAUGCUGUUGCCCUGUGUGAACUCUUUAACUGGCUGGAGAAAGAGGUUCCAAAGGGAACAGUGACAGAAAUAAUUGCUGCAGACAAAGCAGAGGAGUUUCGCAGCCAACAGAAAGACUUUGUUGAAUUGAGUUUUGCUACCAUCUCAAGCACAGGUCCAAAUGGAGCCAUCAUUCACUACACACCAGUUCCUGAGACCAACAGAACCUUGUCUGUGAAUGAGAUCUACCUCCUGGACUCAGGAGCACAGUACAAAGAUGGUACAACAGAUGUGACCAGGACAAUGCAUUUUGGCACACCGUCAGCCUAUGAAAAGGAGUGCUUCACCUAUGUCCUGAAGGGACAUAUAGCUGUGAGCGCAGCCAUCUUCCCAAAUGGAACCAAAGGUCACCUUCUAGAUUCCUUUGCCCGUUCUGCCCUGUGGGACUGUGGUUUGGAUUACCUGCAUGGGACAGGACAUGGAGUUGGCUCUUUCCUAAAUGUACAUGAGGGUCCUUGUGGCAUUAGCUACAAAACUUUUGCAGAUGAGCCCUUGGAAGCUGGCAUGAUCGUCUCUGAUGAGCCUGGCUAUUACGAAGAUGGGUCUUUUGGGAUCCGAAUAGAGAACGUUGUCCUUGUGAUCCCUGCUGAAACCAAGUACAAUUUCAAAAACAGAGGGAGCCUGACUUUUGAACCCUUAACCCUGGUUCCAAUCCAGACAAAAAUGAUUGAUGUUAACUUGCUGACACAAAAAGAGUGUAACUGGGUGAACAGCUACCAUCAGAAGUGCAGGGAAGUAAUUGGAGCAGAACUGGAGAGGCAAGGCCGACACGAAGCUCUUCGGUGGCUCAUCCGGGAGACAGAGCCUCUCAUCAAAGUUCAGUAGCACCACAGUGGUGUGCAGAACAGUUUGGUGUCACAGUAAUCUAUGUCUUCUUGACCCUUGAUUGUCACUGGGAGAAUGCUCUUCAAUAAACCUUUGGAAAUCAGGAGGGGAUUUCAUGGAACGUUUCUCUCCCCGUAACGUGUGUGGGUAAGGUAGGGGUAAGGAGGGUUACUGUCUCAACAAUUGUUUUUUUUGUGGGGGGAGGGGUUGAGAAUAGAAAGCAAGCAUGUUGCCUUUGAGUCAGGGGUCUUAUUGAAGUAAUGGUUCUAAGAGACAAUACUGGAAUAUUUUAUAC